AUGAAGAACCGUGGACAAGUCGAAGCUAGAAUAGACUCCAAAUUAUAUGAGCAGUUAGAAGAUGAGAGAAAAUACUGGCGCAAUGUGUUGCUUAGAAUAGUUGUAGCUGUGAAAUCUCUGGCUACACGUGGUCUUCCGUUUCGUGGCAAGACAGAUAAAUUUGGAUCUACAAAUAACGGAAAUUUUAUGAUGGUUUUAGAAGCAAUUUCUGAAUUUGAUCCAUUUUUGGCAAAACAUAUACAAAAGUUCGGUAAUCCUGGGAAAGGCAACACGUCAUACUUAUCUUUUGCAACAUACGAAAAAAUUAUAAAAAUUAUGGCAGCUAAAGUCACUACCACAAUAAUGGAACAACUUCGAAAGGCUAAAUACUUUUCGUUCAGUGUAGAUUCAACCCCUGAUAUUAUACAUGUAGAUCAGCUUUCUUUGAUAUUGAGAUUCGUUCAAGAUAAUGCAGAACCAGUUGAACGAUUCGUUUGCUUCCUGCCAAACACUGGUCACAAAGCAGAAGACAUGUUGCUGGCCGUUAUGGAGACCUUUAAAUCACUGGAUAUAGAUAUCAAUAAUUGCAGAGGUCAAUCCUAUGAUAAUGCUAGCAAUAUGUCUGGGCAGUAUAAUGGCUUACAAGCUAAGAUCAAAGAAAAAUGUCAGUAUGCAACAUACGUACCUUGCGCAGCACAUUCGUUAAACUUGAUCGGCUCAUCGGCAGCUGAAUCAUCAACGGAGCGUACAAAACUACUGAAAUCAUUCUUAACUAAGCCUGAAAAUGUAACUGUGAAAAGUUCAUCACAAACGCGAUGGUCAGCGAGGGACGAUGCUUGUACCAGCCUUAAUAAUGAUUGGAGCCAGAUAAUAGCGGCUCUUGAAGCUAUAAGAAGUGACUCUGCAUACCACAAAGCCUUGGUUAAAAAUGAAGCGGCUGGGCUAUUAGCUCAACUAAAUUCUCUAGAAACUGCCAUAUUAUCGGAAUUUUGGGGAUCUGUAUUAAAACGAUUUGGUAUAGUUUCCAAAAUACUACAAGGUGUCGACACAGACGUAGAAGUAGUUUCCAGGCUUUACAAGUCACUCAUUACUUUUGUAGAAGAACAACGGGAAUCUUUUGAUACUUUUGAAAAGGCUGGUAAAAGAAAAUGCACAGAUGAGUACCGGAACAUUCACAAUAGAAUUGUCAAGAGAAAGAAACGAGACGAUGAGAGUAGCGAGGGAGAAGUGGUGUUUCAAGGACGGGAUCAUUUCAGGGUUAAUACCUUCUUUCCAAUAUGCGACCGAUUAUUGGGCGAGUUAAGGAAGCGAAAAACUUCGUAUGAGGCGGUAACCGCCAAUUUUGCAUUUUUAUGCAAAUUGGAUACAAUGUCUGCUUCAGAAGUGAGAUUAAAUGCCAUAAAACUCCAAAAAGUUUACCCUAUUGAUCUGGCGGAUGAUUUACAAGAAGAAUGUGUUCUCUUGAAACAAUUCCUGACGUCUAAAGAAAAUAAAAUGAGUUUAAGGCAACUCAGCUUAUUUAUUAAGCAAAAAGAUUUGAAGGAAGCAUUUCCAUAUAUUGAAAUAGCAUUACGAAUAUUUCUGUGCACUGCGGUGACCAAUUGCAGUGCAGAACGGCAUAGUCUGCCAUCUGUCACUCUUUCUUCGGAUGAAUCUGAAACAGACGAAGGAAAUAAAGACAAUGAACACCAAAGUAACGAUGCUUCUGCUACCAUUACUGUUGAUGGUAAUGUUGUUGAUAUUGAUAAUGAUGAUGUUACUAACACUCCUGAUGAGAAUACUCCCGAUACGACAUUGGGAAAUAAUUCCCAAACCAAGGAAAGCCAAAUAACAAAAACAAAUGUUAAACGAAAAGGAGAACUGAAACAAGGAACCACAGACUCAACGACACCUACAGCAUCGUCCAUGUUGAUGUCAUUCUUAUUAGAGGAAAAGAAAAAAUCUACACCUAUCGCCGCUCAAGAUCAACUCUAUACUUUUUUCAUAUCAAUAUCGGUAACGGUGAAGAAAUUCUCACCAUACCACCAGGCAAUAGCAAAGCAGAAAAUGCUUUCACUCGUGUCCCGAAUGGAACUUGAGCAACUAGUUCCGCCUUCACAAACUGCCUUUGUGCCCAUUACCACACCGUUCACGUCGGUUACAGGUUCCGGCGCUUGGCGCUCACAGCAAUAUUCCCAAGGUGCUUCAACACCUAUGCCAACACCUCAAGACUGGGACUAUCAGGAUCUGUAG